AUGUUUUUGGCUAACCAUCAACAAAUUACCAAAUAUGAUUUGGAAUCAAUAAUAAAUAUAAUGAGUGGGGCUGCUCCAUUAGGAGCCUUAGAUGAAGCAAAGUUAUUAAAAAAAGCUCAAAGAGAGAUUUUAGUAAUGCAAGGUUUUGGUUUGACUGAAACGUCUCCACUAGUCAUGUGUACCAGGAAAGAAUUUAAAAAAGAUAAAAACGUGGUUGGCUCAGUAGGAAAACCAGCGGUUAAUACAGAAGUAAAAAUUGUUGAUGUUACGAAUCCCCAUAAAAAUGUGGCCCCUGGUGAGUGCGGAGAAUUAUUAGUAAAAGGUCCGCAAGUGAUGAAAGGUUACCACAAUCGUCCAAAAGAAAACGAAGAGGCUUUCCUUGACGGAUGGUUAAGAACUGAAGAUCUGAUGACUUAUGAAAAUGGAUAUUUUUUUGUUAAAGACCGAAUUAAAGAGUUAAUUAAAGUAAAAGGUUUCCAAGUAGCGCCAGCAGAAUUGGAGGAAUUGAUCAGGGAUAUUCCAAACGUACUUGAUGCGGCAGUUAUAGGUAUAACACAUGUGAGUCAUGGAGAAGUGCCAAGAGCUUAUAUUGUUCCAAAACCUGGUCCAAAAUUGGAUACUGAAAAAAUAAAUGAAGUUUUAAAGAAAAAACUGGCCCCAUACAAACAAUUAGUUGGAGGUAUAAGUGUGGUUGAAAGUAUACCUAAAAAUGCUUCAGAAAAAAUUUUAAGACGAGAAUUAAAGCAACAGUAUAUGAAAAAAAAACAUUAA